AUGGCGGAAUUAACUAAGUCAGAUGUCGAUGCUACCAGCUCAACAGAAAACAGGCAUGUUGAAACAAGCUCUCCAGUCCCAACUUCAGCGCCCAAAAAAGUCACACUCGCCUCGGACAAGGAGGAUGUUCCUGAAAAGGACAUUGGGCACGUCAAACCCAACAGCCCUUCUCGAAACCCUUCCGUCUAUAGCAAUAGUGGGCGCAAAGCUUCUGAAUGGGAGGCACUUCAGAUGGUAGCAGCAGGGGAUUAUGAUACCAUCAACAGAGAAAUCGACCAACUGGAAGCCAACUUACAGGCCAUGAAUAUUCAGUCGACAUGGUAUAAACCACAACUCUGCCUCAAAGACCCCCGUCAUUUCACAUGGUUUCUUGUUGGUGAGUGGACAGUCUUUGCAAUAGAAAAACUUCAGACCUUAAUUGUUUUUAGGGUUUGCCUCCAUGGGAGGUCUACUCAGUGGUGUUGACCAAAGUUUGAUAUCGGGUGCUAACCUUUUCAUGCCUAACUGUAAGUCUUUCGUUCACAUCUGAAUCUAAUCACCAAGUUCUGAUUAUUUUAGCCCUCGGCCUCAAUCCUAAGCAAGUCAGCAUGGUGAGUUCGGCGGUUCCACUUGGAGCUGUUGGCGGAGCUUUGAUGCUCGGACCUCUAAAUGAGGCGGUUGGAAGACGCAUGGCAAUCAUCGUCUCUCUAGUUUUCUAUACUAUUGGCGCAGCUCUUUGUGCUGGCGCCAUGGAAUUCGGAAUGAUGGUCUCCGGUCGUCUCAUCCUCGGACUGGGCGUGGGUCUCGAGGGAGGAACUGUUCCAGUUUGUAAGUUUUCAGUUUUCCUGGUAGCACUUUCAACUACCAAUGGAUGCGCUGAGAAUUUGAACUAAUGAUUCGUCCAGACGUUGCCGAAUCUGUUUCUCGAAAGUAUCGUGGAAAUCUCGUCUCCUUGUACCAAUUCAUGAUCGCCCUGGGGGAAGUCCUUGGAUAUGUUAUUGCUGCCAUUUUCGUGAACGUCAAAUCUGGCAGUUGGCGCUAUAUGCUCGGAUCGUCGCUCAUAUUCUCGACCAUUAUGUUCGUCGGUAUCAUCUUUAUGCCUGAAUCUCCUCGAUUCCUCAUGCACAAAGGCCGUGUCACUGAGGCCUGGCAUGUAUGGAAGCAGAUUCGUGGUACAGACGACGAUGCGAAAACCGAGUUCUACAUCAUGAAGUGCUCGGUAGCCGAGGAGUUUGCUGCCAAGGAAAAUGGUGUCAACAAGAGAUUUCCUUGGAUGGAUUUCUUCACCGUUCCAAGAGCCAGAAGAGCUAUCAUUUACGCCAAUGUUAUGGUUUUCUUGGGCCAGUUCACGGGCAUCAAUGCCAUUCAGUACUACAUGGCAACUCUUAUCAAGCAAGUUGGUUUCGAUGAUAAGCAGGCAGUUUUCAUGUCUCUUGUUGGUGGUGGUGCCCUUCUAAUUGGAACCAUCCCAGCUGGUACGUCACGUUCUCGCUUAUCUUCAUGUUUCCAAACGCUAAUGUUUGUAGUUUUCUACAUGGAGAAGUUCGGUCGCCGUUUCUGGGCUUGCGCCAUGUUGCCAGCUCUCUUCUUUGGUCUCGUCAUUAUCGGAGCUUCAUACACUAUACCUAUCACCAACCAAGCAGCGUCGCAGGGAGUAUACUUCGCGGGUCUCGUAAUCUACGAGGGUUUCUUCGGCAGCUACGCUUGCUUGACUUGGGUUAUCCCUAGUGAGGUUUACCCAACCUAUCUUCGAUCCUACGGGAUGGAGACCAGUGAUGUGACCCUGUUCUUGUGUUCCUUCUUGGUCACCUACUUCUUCACACAGAUGCAGAACGCCAUGUCACAAAUCGGUCUCACAUUGGGUUUCUACGGCGGAAUUGCUGUUGUGUAAGUUUCCCCAUUCCUCUCCUACUCGCAAAUUCGCUAAUCGCAAUGUAUAGCGGGUGGUUUUACCAAAUCACCUUUAUGCCCGAAACCAAGAACAAGACCCUCGAGGAAAUCGAUAUCAUUUUCAGUCAACCCACCAGUCAACUCGUUGCUGAGAAUUUGAGAAGUGCAAAGGCUACCACCUUGGACUUCUUCUGCUUGAGAUGGGGCAAGGUCUUCUCUCCGGUCUCGGAAUCUGAUGUUUUCAGAAAGGAGAACGGCCACAAGAAUGAUAGUGAGGGCGAGGCAAAGCAUCAGGAGCUGAUGCAGUAGUUGUUUAUGAAG